AUGGAAGCUCUCACGACUGUGAAUAUAACGACGCGCGAUUCCAGGUCGAUUUUAUCGCCUGCCGCGGAGGGAAAUUCCCAUGAUGGUCUUCAGAACCGCCAAACUGGGUCAGCAGUCGAGCUAGACAAUAAUUCUACGUCGUUAGAUUAUAUAUCGGCCGUACUGAAGUCAAAACCUGAUCAGGAUACUAUCGCUCAUGUACUCUCCAUACUUGAUCCCUCGAACAGAAAGGCUCUUCCUCCAGAUUUUGAUAUCAGGGUCCCCAGCGCAAAGGCCACUCAGAUUCUCAAUGUGUUAGUGAACCUCACGAUUCCCGAUCAUUGGGAAUAUCUGAGGGAGAAAAAGGGCGAAGCUACUCAACUACGCGGCAUGUUCUUGCGAUGUUUCAGCAGUGUUGCUGGACUGAGUUGCUUGGUCACUCAGCUUCGUUCACUGAUAACUGCAGCACGAGCAGCACAUCAAAAUGCGGAAGGAUCGAGUAAUGGUAUUCGACUUGCAGAGAUUCUGUCGGUCAUCUCUGCCCUGCUGAAACCGACAGACUUUGCGUUGCGCCUUUACAAUGACAUCGAUGCUCUUUACACUAAUGAAACCCAGAAGCAGCUAGCUUGGAAGGAGCUUAUUGCUCUUCUUGGUGCCAGCAAACUCCUACCUGCAGCAGCAGAAGCACUGAGCUUGAUAAAAGACCUGGAAGGCCUCGCGAAGCUCUCUUGGCUUGGUGAAGGAACUCAAUAUGCUUCCUGGUUGGGGGCAAAUAUAUGUCAAAUUGUCUCGAGGAUUAGUCCUAACAACGACUCGGGUCUGAAAGCAGUCGCUCUUCUAACGGCGCGGUCAUUGAGUAUUGGCUACACAGAUCACUUUGUAAGAGAAAUCUAUUCGGGCCUUCUACUAGACAGAGCUCUUCCGACACAUUUUGACUCUUUCUAUGACAAACUUCGGCCAACUGAGCAACUCGCUUUUCUCGAGUCAGUAUUCCGCGACCUGCAGAAGAAGUAUUUCCCGGUCAGCAUAUCCUACCUGGACUUUGCGAAUACGUCCGAUCAGAAUGUCGAAGGUGUUGCGGCCUUGUGCUCAAUCAUCAUUUCCAAACGUCCACACCUGGUGAGUCAGCUAUCAGACUGGCUUGCAAAAGGUCAAGCUGGCUCAAUACAUACCGUCGGUCUUCGUCGAGCGCUACUGGCCGCUUUGUCGGAUAGAAAGGAUAUAAUUCAAGCUCUGCUCUCCAAGAGCCUUGAACAAUCUGGCGAUAAGUUUUACAUCAGACACGCCCCGAUGAGCAGCCAAGAAGCAAAUGCUCAAGUUGUUCUCUUGGAUGCUGGGUGUCUUCAACGACUGGAUAGCCGUGCAGUCAAGGACGCAGGACGUUCUAGUAUUUUCCUGAACACCGUCUCGAAUCGUUUAGCAGCCUCAGCCUCCAAAGCCCGCCUUCUGGGUAUGAUCAUUGGCACCGCAAUUUCGCAACUCAUUGAUGAGCCGGGAAAAGCUAUGAAAUUUGACAUUCUAGAAAUGGAAAGCGACGAAGCAGUCUCGUAUCUGGACUUGGUCAAAAAAGCAGACCGCGUUGGAUCUUUAGACUAUAUCAAAAUACCGAAAGAACAACCACCUAAGAAGCCUCGUCCGCCAGGUCAAGGACCACCUUCGCGAACUACGGGGGUGCGAGCCUCCAACGCACAGUCAGUCAAGGUUGUGUCUAUAGAAGAGAUCGGAGACUCGGAGAAUGAUGAGAGCGAAGAGGAUGAGGAUCUGAUACCGUACGAGAAACCUGACGAGGAUUCAUCAGAUUCCGACGAUGACCCAACUCUUGUACAACGCAACAAACCGACACCGCCAGUAUACAUUCGCGACCUGAUAGCUGGCUUACGGGAUACGGAGAAUCUCGAACGAUAUGAAUUGGCCGUGACCACUGCUCCUUCUCUGAUUCGACGCAAGACUGGCUUCGGAACUGAGCUGACUGAGAAUGUGGAAGAGCUGGCUCUUGUCCUGGUCGGGCUGCAGGAGCAGACUAAACUCCCUAAAUUUCACGAAUGUCGGUUACAGAGUAUGAUUGCCUUGGUUGUAUCGCAGCCGCUGAAAAUGGGCCGCUGGUUUGCUGCGGUAUUCUUCGAUGGAGAUCUGUCCCAGACCCAGCGGUCCGCAGUCCUCACGGCGUUGGGUCUAAGUGCUCGCCAAUUAGCAGGAAACGGCGAGGAAGAUGCUCGUACACUCGGAUUGCCAACCUUGCCCGACACUUCCUUCCCAACCAGAAGGCUGCCGGCAAACGUGGAGGACUUAUAUCUAAACGAUCAAUCCCCCAUCGCUAAUCUUACAAAGACACUCUCAAAAGCUUCCCUUGAACCACUCGCGGCUCAAGCUGCGGACGCGGCGUCUGGUCCGAAUGCACUCAAGGUGCGAACGUUUUCGUCCCGAAUGGAGGUCGAAAAGAAACGCCAGCAGCGAGAUGCGCAGCGACAAAAGUCGACGGUCAAGGACCUUCACAAAGUCUUGUCAGAGGGCUUCUUCUAUCCUCUAACAGGUCGUUUUGCAUUGAUGAUGACGCAAUUUUCCUCGUCCACCGCGCCCUCGUACAACCCUUUUCUGAUUCCGCAUCUCCUCUGUCUCUUCAUCCAGACACUGACACUCAUCCUCUCCACCAUGGGGCCCCACAACCCGUACCUUCCUAAUCUCACUCAGGAGACGUUGACUUUUCUCCUUUCACUCUACACACGACCGCUUUCGGAUGACCCUUCGAUCGUCUCCGCACUGCUCUCGCUGUUUCUCGCAGUACUGGACUUGAACGUCGCCGCAGGCUCCUCCGGCGAGGAACGACUUGUCACGGAAUUUGCGACUCAAGUUAUCGAGUUGCGCGAGUGGGCUGGGUCAGUCUUUGAUCGAACUCCGGCGGCACAGGGAGUGGAUGACCCUCGGGAACAGGCCAGACUAUUGGCUGCAGGGGUGAUGGUGAAAUUGGAUGAAGUAACGGAGAGAUACCAAGGGCGGUUAAUGGGUGUCAACACUGGAUUUAAGUAUUAG